UUGGCAGACUUGUACGAUUCGUUCUCCCGUUUGGCCCGUUCUCAACGUGGUCCCGUCUUUCCGUGUUCCUCUUUGGGUAUCAAUUUUGUUAUUUGGACAAAAAUCUUACCAAAAUGAUGUCCGCUAAGACUCCAAAGCGGGUUCGCGAGCCGAUCCAAUGCGUCCAGGUGUUUGGAAGAAAGAAAACUGCCACAGCAGUCGCCUACUGCAAACGGGGCAAUGGCACUCUUCGUGUCAAUGGUCGCCCACUUGAGAUGGUCGAGCCGAGGGUCCUCCAGUACAAACUCCAGGAGCCGAUCCUACUUCUUGGCAAGGACCGAUUCUCCGGAGUCGAUAUCCGUGUCAGGGUGAACGGUGGAGGUCAUGUCUCUCAGAUCUAUGCCAUCAGGCAGGCGAUUAGCAAGGCGCUCGUCUCGUACUAUCAGAAAUAUGUCGACGAAGCAUCGAAAAAGGAAAUCAAAAAUAUUGUGAUCCAAUAUGACAGGACGCUACUUGUUGCCGAUCCACGUAGGUGCGAAGCCAAGAAAUUCGGAGGUCCUGGUGCCAGGGCCAGGUACCAAAAGUCUUACCGUUAAAGAGAAAAAAGGACUUGUACUUGUUUUUUUUUUUUAUUUAUGUAUGAAAAUACAUCAUUUUGUAUUUUUAAAAAACACUAAAAUAUAUAAACUUCUGACAAAAAUUGUUUAUU